UAGUCGCUUAUCUCCCUUUCUCUAUCUUGCUUCUCUUCGUCUGAUCAUAUUCACAUUUAUCUUUAUUCCAUAGUAAGUCAACAUUCUGUGAAAGUUGAAAACGGAUAAUCGCCUAUAUUUUCUUCGCUCUCUCUCCAUCUCUAUAUAUCGCCACCAUGUCUUCCGAUAACAAGAACCGUAUCCCCUCGCCUUACUCGGACGUGGAUCCUCAAGAUCACCAAUACCAGAGUCAUGUGAAGAAAAUUCGUCUUGUUGAUAGUGCUCGCAUCGGUCUCACUGGACUGGCCCUCCUCUGUGGCCUGACCAUCCUCGGAACUGCUGCUGAUACCCUAGCUGUAUAUAAUGCAACACACCUCUCGAGCGAUUAUCACUUACCGCUGUGGCCUGACCAAUUUGAUCUCCGACCCACGGUCGCUCUCGUCGUUGGCAGCACUAUUGUGGUCAUUACCAACAUCGUAUCUCUACUGUGUAGCAAAGUCAGGGUGCUUCGCAACCAGACCUCGGUCCACACGUCUCUUACUUUUGCUGCGCCCUUCGUUGGCUUUACGGCUGUCAUGAUCGGCAUGGUUUUCUUCUAUGCUGUCAAUACAUCAGCCACAAAUGAUACGCUACAGAGCUGGAGCUGUCAGUGGGGAUUUGCGAGCAUGGGUGCGAAGCCGCAUUUUGGCACUCUAUGCAACGAAAGCCGGGUAGCCCUGUACCUGUCUGUUAUAUUAGUUCCUGUCGAGUUGAUCGUCUUUACUGUCGCCGGCUAUCAAUCGAUCUUGGAGAGAAAAGCAAUUGGUUUUAUCCCGUCUCACAAGACUGGCAGUCCUGUACCAUCAGCGUGAGACUCAGUGUGAGACUCAGUGUGAGACACUACCAGGCAAUGAGUAGACCUAAUUGGCUCUCGACCUGCACACAACCGUGGGCUAAUGUCCUGCAAUAUGGAGACGAUCCAUGCAUAUUUGUCGGAGACCGGUCUUGAUAAGUGGUAAUAGGCCGUCGCCGAGAAGUGGCGACUCAAUAAACAUUAUCUGAAU